CACAGAGCCCACAUUGUUACAUGGAUCCUGGUGGUGGUGGGACCCUAGCCUCACUGUGUCCUCCUCUUAUCUACCUAGCCCUCUUGGCCACUGAUAUGAGCCCGUGUGGGCUUAACGUGAGCCUAGCGGACGAGGCAACAGCGUGUGCAACACCCAGGGUCCCCAACACAUCAACGGUGCCCCCAGGCGAUUCCGGCACAUCACCGGCGCUGCCUAUCUUCUCCAUGACCCUGGGUGCAGUGUCCAACGUGCUGGCACUGGCGCUGCUGGCGCAAGCUGCAGGUCGUCUGCGGCGGCGCCGCUCAGCUGCCACUUUUCUGUUGUUCGUUGCUAGCCUGCUGGCCAUUGACCUGGCAGGCCAUGUGAUCCCGGGAGCACUGGUGCUUCGCCUGUACGCUGCAGGACGUUCGCCUGCUGGCGGGGCCUGUCAUUUCUUGGGCGGCUGCAUGGUCUUCUUCGGCCUGUGCCCACUCUUGCUUGGCUGCGGCAUGGCCGUGGAGCGCUGCGUGGGUGUCACGCAGCCGCUGCUUCAUGCGGCGCGCAUGUCAGUGGCCCAUGCACGCCUGGCACUAGCCGUGCUGGCCGCCAUGGCUUUGGCAGUGGCGCUGCUGCCGCUAGCACACGUAGGUCACUACGAGCUACAGUACCCUGGCACCUGGUGUUUCAUUAGUCUUGGACCUCGUGGAGGUUGGCGCCAGGCAUUGCUUGCUGGCCUCUUCGCCGGCCUUGGCCUGGCGGCGCUCCUUGCGGCACUCGUGUGCAAUACGCUCAGCGGCAUGGCGCUCCUGCGAGCCCGCUGGAGGCGUCGCCGCUCUCGACGUCUCCGUGAGACCACAGGCUUCGAUGAUCGCCAGCGCUCCGAAGAUCGCCGGCGCUGGGGGUCCCGGGGACCACACUUGGCCUCCACCUCGUCUGCCUCAUCCAUCGCUUCAGCCUCCGCCACCCUCCGUAGCUCCCGGGGCGGCGGCUCGGUGCGCAGGGUUCGCGCGCACGACGUGGAGAUGGUGGGCCAGCUCGUGGGCAUCAUGGUGGUGUCGUGCAUCUGCUGGAGUCCCCUACUGGUGUUGGUGAUGUUGGCUAUCGGGGGCUGGAACUCUAGCUCCCUGCAAAGGCCGCUGUUCCUGGCUGUGCGCCUCGCGUCGUGGAACCAGAUCCUGGACCCGUGGGUGUACAUCCUGCUGCGCCAGGCCGUGCUGCGUCAACUGCUUCGUCUCCUGCCCCUGAGGGCCGGUGCAAAGGAUGGCCCAACAGAGCUGGGCCUAACCAAGGGUGCCUGGGAGGCCAGUUCACUGCGUAGCUCCCGGCACAGUGGCUUCAGCCAUCUCUGAGUGUGCCCAGAAGCUAAGCCAAACCACUGGGCAGGGCUCAAGGGUGUAGAGAGCCUCAAACACUAACAUGGGUGAUGUGUCCUGUGUGGCGGGAACACACACUGUGACCGCUCAUUGGUGAAAGAGGCUCCACCCAGACGAGUACAAUUCUAACGUUGGCCACGCGGUGGCGCAGACACAUUGGGAUGUUCCAAAUAUCAGAGGUGGGAUCCUCGGGUCAG